CAGCAGCAGCAGCAGCAGCAGCACCGUGGGAAUUUACCCUCCAUUAUCAUCCCACUCCAGCCCGGACAGAGAGGUGCAGAGAACACAGAGAACACAGUAAACACAGAGAACACAGUAAACACAGAGAACACAGCAGUGCAUCAGUACAGAGCAGCAGGAUGUCUGUAGCAGGACUGAAGAAGCAGCUUCAUAAAGCUACUCAGAAAGUAAGUGAGAAAGUGGGCGGGGCUGAAGGAACCAAACUCGACACGGACUUCACUGAAAUGGAAAAAAAAGUUGACGUGACCAGCAGAGCCGUGAUCGACAUCAUGACCAAAACUACAGAGUAUCUACAACCUAACCCAGCGACCCGUGCUAAGAUGAGCAUGAUGAGCUCCAUGUCGAAGAUCCGCGGUGCAGAUAAAGGAACAGGAUACACCCAGACCGAGACCAUGCUGGGGGAGUCCAUGCAGAAGUUCGGCAGGGAGCUCGGCGAGGAGUCCUGCUUCGGUCUGGCUCUGAUCGAUUCCGGAGAGGCGAUGAGGGAACUGGGCGAGGUGAAGGACGCGUUAGACAUCGAGGUGAAGCAGAACUUCAUCGACCCGCUGCAGAACCUCCACGAUAAAGACGUGAAGGAGAUCCAGCACCACCUGAAGAAGAUGGAGGGUCGGCGUCUGGACUUCGACUAUAAGAAGAAGCGUCAGGGUAAAGUGAUGGAGGACGAGAUCAAGCAGGCGCUGGAGAAGUUCGACGAGUCGAAGGAGAUCGCCGAGCAGAGCAUGUUCAACCUGCUGGAGAGCGACGUAGAACAGGUGAGUCAGUUGGCGGCUCUGGUUCAGGCUCAGCUGAAUUACCACCGACAGGCAGCAGAGAUCCUGCAGCAGCUCUCCAGCAAGAUGGACGAGAGGAUAAGAGAAGCUUCUAACAAGCCGAGGAAGGAGUACGUCCCCAAACCUCGCACCUCUCUGGAGCUGACCCCCAACGAGAGCCACAACGGGGGGGUAGGACACGGCCGGAUCGGCUCACGCUCGCCAGCUCCGAUGGAUCAGCCGUGCUGCCGCGCCCUGUACGACUUCGACCCCGAGAACGAAGGCGAGCUUCGCUUCAAGGAAGGUGACAUCAUAACACUGACCAAUCAGAUCGAUGAGAACUGGUACGAGGGCGUGGUCAACGGCCAGUCGGGAUUCUUCCCGGUGAACUACGUGGAUGUUCUGGUGGCGUUACCUCGUUAAAGCGAUGGGAACCGCGCCCGCUUCACCCGAACCUGCGAAUCCCCGAGUGAAGAAUAAGCACAGUGUGAUUCUAACUAUCGACCCGAGUGUUUCCGUCUCUAACUUCUACUGGCGUCCUUAUUUUAUCUGAAUCCUCGUUUAGUCUCAGUUCCUCUCUCGGUCUCUUCGGUUUGUUUUGGUUCGAGCAUGAAGCUAAAAGCUUUUGCACUACAAUAAUUUAUUGCCGACAUUCCGACCUCCUGUUAUUAAGUAUUAUUAUUAUUAUUUUCCACAUUUAUUUUUAUAGCUGUCCACCUCGUAAUCGUUUCCUUUUCCUUCAGACCUGAGUAAAGUAAAACCCAGUCGUGACUCUGUUAAGAUUCGUUUAUUGAACCGAUCGUUACUCUGUUUAUUAUGGAGGGAGAAUCGAUCACGGAUGGUUUUGUACAUUGAUUGUUGAUUUUUUCCUGCAUGGUUUAACGUGUUUCCUCUCCGUCCGACUGCUGUGAGCUGAAACCUAAUAAACUGUCAGUAUUAAAAUAAAGCAACGUGACGUCCGAGCUGUGAAUCGAGGGUUAAAACCGUAACUAAUAAUUAAUAAAAUAAAAGUCUCCGCUGUAAAUGUUCUUUUUUUCUGCUGAACAAAUAAAAUGAAUUGUUUCUCCUCCUGA